UUUUUGGCACACUUGGGGAUACAACGGUUCUACGCCAAUUCUGAAAAAUAUGUGAACGUUUUCAUUUAUGAAAAAUCAUAUUUCCGUCGAACAUUAACAAUAAUUAGUCUAAAAAUGGAUGGCCCCUAGCUAUAAACUAUCGUUUAUUUUGAGCAACUUUCCUUUCUUUCAUCUGCAAAGGAAUCAUUCAAUUGUUUCAUUUUUAUUUGCCCACUCGACGUCACGUACUCGUACGCGAAUAGCCUUUUUGAAAGAGUGACGAUGGAGUUGAUAUGUUUGCCAGUGAAAGUUUGCGACAAAAAAAAAAGUCUUUUUGCUCAGGACGGCAAUGUUGUUUACGUUCAACCGGCCAGAGCAACAUCAAAGUUUUAUCGGGAACCUCGAAAGCGUCCAACAGCAAAAAUAGCGGGAGACACGACUUACACAACGUCUUACAUGAGCCCCGGAUUAAAGAUUAAGCGGAAAAUCACUGAAACCGAACGGCGAAAAGUUUAUGCGAAGAUGGAAUCUAGAACUACCCACAAAACAACGUACACGUGGAAGCACGGUGAACGAGCGAAAACUUGUUAUCCGGCACCACGUUUAGGUUGUGGCGAAGGACCAAUUGAAAGAUAUUCCGUACAAAAGAGUUCAUACAUGUGUCCCGGUCUCGUGAGAACAAAAACUGUCAAAAACAUUGACUUUCGAAGACCCAUAACGGCCCCUAUGGAAACAACCACGAUUGCUCGUGAAUCUUAUCAACAUCCUCAACAGACGAGUAGAAGAAAAUCCAUUAGAGGCGACACGAAUAUUUAUCGGAAAUUGAAUUUCGUCCCAGAUUACGAAACGAUCCAAAAGUCUUCGUAUCAGCAAAUUGCAUCUCAACGCCGAAAAAUAAUGCGUCCAUAUUACUCCAAACCCAACAUAAAUGCACAAAUUUUAUGCGAAACUACAUACAAUACGAGCUACAUGAUACCCGGUUGCUUCGUAAGAGUGAAAUAAUUUGGUAUGACUAUAGAGGCCUUCCCUUUUAUCAAAAUCAUCGUGCCAAUUUUUUGUAACAUAUCCGUAAUUUCAUUGGCAUUUCCGCGAAAUAUUCCUCAACAUUUCAAUCUUUCGACACUCUGCUUUGCGGCAUAAAAUUCAUUCUUCUUUUUAGCCUCGAAGCUUGAAAGCUCUUCAUCUACACUUUUUCCCUAGCUUCGGUUAAAAUAAUUCAUAUAAUACACAAAGGGGCAAUGAUAAAUCGUUGACAAAGCAAAGUCGCAGGGAGCCUGGAAUAAUGAUAGAAAAAUAAAAAAAGGGUUUCCUUCGAAAAAUAAUUGAACUAUUGUUUCAAAUCGCAAGAGGUGUUUUUUUGAUAGUUAACUUACGCGGCAU